CUGAUGAAUCCUGGGUAAAUUUUCUCUUUCCUAACGUGGUUGCAAUCCUCAAUUUGAUUUAGUGGACUGAGACAACCACAACCGCCCAAAAUGGUCGCGUCAAAAAAGCAGAAGAAGCAGAUGGAGAGCAUCAACUCCCGCUUGCAGCUGGUGAUGAAGAGUGGCAAAUACCACCUCGGCUACAAGCAGACCCUGAAGGCCCUGCGGCAAGGCAAAGGCAAGCUGGUCAUCCUGGCCAACAACACGCUUCCACUCAGGAAAAGUGAGAUUGAAUACUACGCCAUGCUGGCCAAGACUGGUGUCCAUCACUACACCGGUAACAACAUUGAGCUGGGCACAGCAUGUGGGAAAUACUUCAGGGUGUGCACGCUCUGCAUCACAGACCCAGGCGACAGUGACAUCAUCCGCAGCAUGCCAUCAGGAGAAGCAUAGAUGGGAGUCAGGGUUCCAGACAAGGGGAAAUUGGGGCAUCACCUUCAAUCCUAUGACUGAUGACUUUUGUUAUAUUGAGCCAUCAGUUUCACUCAACAACCAUGAGAACUCUUCCCAAAGCUGACUAAAAAUCUGUUAGUCUAAGAGCUUUGCAGAAAUCAAGGAAAAUGAUGUUUUUAGUCUCAAUUUUGACAUCUGAAACAAUUCAGUCUGUUCAGGAGUGCUUGUUUUCUUGAACCGUUGCAAAUAUUACACCCUGUGCUUUUCUGUAUAGAAAUUAAAACAUUCUUGGGAGACAUUGAA